CGCAGGUGUUUGUAAUGCAUUAGCUAACCCCAGCUCAGUGGAGGCAGGAAUUAAACAGACCAUAUUCCCCAAGGUGACACUUCUCUUUCCCGGCAGCAGCGGGUGGCUUAGUUCAUACACCUUCCCCUACCUCCCCACCACCUGCCGAGCCAGGAUGACCAGCCACUCCAAUGAAUUCAGCAGCCUCAGCAGCAGUUCCCUCUCAUCUUGGCAGGCAUCAUGGAAUCAGACCAGGGGGAGCUCAGUCGUGACGUCCUCCGAAUACUACGGCUGCAGCAGUCCUGGCGGUCCAGCCAGCAGAAGCUUCAGCACCUCGAGUCUUGGUGGACACACGUCUUCCUCUUGCCCAUCCGUCUUCAGCAAGGAGAAGCUCUGGACCCCACUGAACCUAGACAUGGACCCCACAUUCCAGCAGAGGAGGAAGCAGGAGAAAGAGGAGAUGAAGAUCCUCAACGACCAAUUUGCAUCCUUAAUCGGGAAGGUCCAAUGGCUGGAGCGGCAGAACAAGAUUCUCACGAUCAAGUGGAGCUUCCUGAAAGAUCAGGACAAUUCCCGUUCUGAAUCAGACAUCAAACUCCUCUACGACCAGUACAUGAGCAAACUGAAGCAAGAGAUAAGGGCUAUCGGCCACGAGAGAGAACAGCUGGAGUCGGAGUUGACUGAGGUGUUGAAGUCCAUGGAUAACAUACGAAGCAGAUACGAGGAUGAAAUACAUAAACGGAGUGGCAUGGAAUUCACCUUCACGGAGCUGAAAAGGGAUUUAGACGCUGGUUGCAUGCAUAGAACCGAGCUUGAGGUCAAACUGCACGGGCUUCAAGAGUUGAUGGAGUUAAAGAAAGCCGUAUACGAGCAGGAGCUUCAGGAGGUGCUGGCGGAAAUCAAGGACAUCUCAGUCGUCAUGGGGAUCGAUAACAGAUGCAACCUUGACCUGAGCCACAUCGUGGAGGAAGUGAGGGCGCAGUAUGAAGCCCUCGCUUUCAGGAGCUGGGAGGAAGCAGAAGCCCUUACCUGGAGCAAGCUGAACGAAGGAGCCACCCACUCCGCCACGUACAGGGACCAGCUCUUCAGCAGCCGGCGGGAGAUUGCGGAGCUGACCAUACACAUUCAGAAGCUGAGGUCCUGCAUCGUGUCCCUGAAGAGCCAGUGCCUGCAUUUGGAAGGUGGCAUCAAAGAGGCCGGGGGAAACGGCCAGCUCGCCCUCCAGGAUGCUGAAGCCAAGCUGGCCGAGCUCCAGGAAGCCCUGCGGAAAGGCAAGGUGGACAUGGCCGGCUUGGUGAAGGAGUAUCACGAGCUGAUGAACAUCAAGCUGGCCCUGGACGUGGAGAUCCUCACCUACAGGAAGCUGGUGGAAGGCGAGGAGAGCAGCAUGGAGUCACUGACGUGCCCUGUCGUCAGCAGCAUCCACUCCAGCCCAAGGCACUUUUCAUCCAUCUCCAGCUUCUCGGGGUCUUCCCAGCUGGCUUCUCGAGUGAGGGGCAAUUCUACCGAUGGGGUGACCCGAAAUGGAGCAGUGGCAGAAGCCGUCCCCACCAGGAGCCAGAGCAGCGGCUCAGCAAGUUGGGAUGCAGAAGGACAGCCCAGUGGGGCACGUCCGAAGCAUCGCUUGCUGUCUGAUGAAGAACACAGCCAUGAGGAGUCAAUCCCUGCGGAAUAG